AAGAAUUAUUAAUUAUAUAUUUUUAUGUUUUUAAAUGUAGCAAUGUACAUUUGUAAGCAUUGCAAUAAAGAAAUUGCUGCAUUUGACGAUGUUUCCAUCCAUGAUUGCUUUGUUGGAAAAGCAGUAUUCAUGGAGGAAAAUAGUAAUAUUUUAUUUUAUUAUACAAAGGAUGAACAAAUGUCUUAUCAACAAAACAUUGAAGACAGUGGAGAUGAUGCAAUGCAACUUUCAGAAUCUACAAAUAAAGAACAUGCUGUUGGACCGAAAGGCAACAUUAGCUGUUAUAAGCCUAUAUGAGGCAAAUAUAGAAAUGAUGGACCAUCCAAAAAAAAAAAGGAAAAGUAGAGGAUGCAAUAAGAACGGGACUACUGCAGUUUGGGAUAAAGAUGACAAAUGACCAAAUUAGAUGGAAAAUCAAUGCGUUAGUGAAAAGAUACAGACAAGUGGUAGAUAAUAAUUCAAAGUCGGGAAGAGCCCCAGGUAGCAAAGUGACGUCUAAAGACGUCAUUACGACGUUAUUAAGACGUCUAUGACGUUUUAAUGACAUUUUUAGACGUCACCUUGCUACCUGAGGCUUGCAUGAACUUCGAAUGGUUUGAGCAGAUGGAUGAUAUUCUCGCGGCAACGUGCCAGUACUGAGCAUAUUGUUUCAUCAAAAUUUACAUCAUCGGUAUCCGCCACUUGUACUUCGAUUUCUUUUGAAAAAGAAAAUUCGGACCCUCUUCAGUUCAGAUGAGUCCAUCGAAAUUAAUCUCAUCGAAGAAUAAUCUCGUGAAGUCAAAUGUUACUGGCACUAGAAAUCGUAAGCGUCUCUCUCAUGGAACAGAUUUCAAAGCAGCAGCAACAAAAAUCGAACUCGAAAAACAGUGGCUGCAUCAUUUACAAAAAAAAGAAGAACGUGAUCGUAUCAAAGAUCAAAGACAUAUAAAUCUGUUGGAGACUAAGAAAGAAACUCUAAAAUUAAAAAAAAGACAACUUGAUUUAAAAGAGACUGAAUUGGAACAGCGAAAAGAAAUUGCAAUA